CAACAAAAAAAAAAAAAAAACCGUCGCUUCUCCUUCAAAGCCCCCCAUCUUCCUUUCUGAAUCCCCGGUCAGCUCCCCCGUCGUCCGCGGCGGCCUGCUUCUCCGACCUUCUACCGCUCUGUCUGUCUCUGACUCCAUCUAAUCGCUGGAGGUAUUGCGCCUUACUUUCGCGUUAUCCCUCUUUUGGUUUGUUCAACACAUGAUUUUGUCUGUAAUUUAAGUUUGCUUGGGAUAUUUAUUUCCAGGGGUUUUUCUAAUUCGUCCGCUCGGGGAAUCAAUCAGAUCGACGAUGAGUCGCGGUAACCAGAGGGACCGAGAUCGCGAAAGAGCACAAGCUAGGGCUGGUGGGAAGUCGAAGAAUCAGCCUAAAUCCGAUGGAUUGACUCCCGAGCAACGCCGUGAAAGGGACGCAAAGGCUCUGCAGGAGAAGACUGCUAGGAAGGCCGCACAGCAGGCGGCGGCCGGAGGAAACAACGCCGGCGGUGGAGGCGGCAAAACCAAGAAGUGACGCGUCACAAAUAGUGGGGGGGUGUAUAUUAGAUAGAUGGUCGUGGUGGGUAUUAUCUAUGGUGGAUCAAUCAGAUCUGGGGUGGGUGUUCUGUCCAUCAAUCAUGUUGUUUGAGUAACCAAGUAACCAUGUUUCUACUUGAGUGGCUUUGAAAUUGGAUUUGGAAUUCUCAACCCUCUGAUUUUGGCAUGAACAUUAUAAACCUGUUGUGCAAUCAUUUUGGGAGUUUAAGAAUACUAUGGGACCUCAAUCUGAUAAGUCAUACACUACAAUAUGCCAAGAAAGAAGAAGUGGAAGAACCCAACUGAGGGAUAUAUAAUUGAACGUAUCUCUAGCUUGCACAAUACAGGUGCGAUCUGAUG